CUCGCUCACAGUCAGUAAACAGCCAAGCAGCAUCGCAUAGUGAUACACCCCACUGGUGGUGUGUAAUAUAGGAUGGGCACCAUGACAGUCCCAUGGAGCUUCUGGAGGUCCUGCUGUUCUCUGUCCCUCUUCCUCAUCCUGGCUCUGAACACGCACAGUGCAUGGUCCUCUCCCGAUUUCUCCGUGUACCUCCACACAAUACUAAGAAACCACACUGCUCAUGCCUGCGAUGGAGACACCCUUUCUAUCAAGUGUCCCUCCAGAACCUCUGUGUCCGUCCUGUCAGCAUUCUACGGACGUCGUGUCCCCAGCAAGAACUUAUGUCCCCCUGCAAACACAAACAUGACUGAGGACAACACUGGAUGCACUUCCAGUGUCGCUAUCCAGAAAGUGGUGUCGGAGUGUCAGGACCGGCGUUCCUGUCAUAUACCUGUCAUUAGCCCAGUGUUUGGUCAGGACCCCUGUCCCCUCACCAGCAAGUACCUCAUAGUGUCCUACAAGUGCCGCCCAGAGCACCACCGUACUAGGUUGGUGUGUGAAAACGAGAGACUGAGGCUGGUGUGUAAGAAUAACACUGUCCUGGCUAUCUACUCGGCUACAUUUGGCCAUCUGCUGCACGGGAGUCCCAACUGUCCUCAGGAAACUGCACCACAGCCUGACAUGGAGUGUCUGUCACCAUCUGCCCUGAGGAAGGUGUCACGCAGGUGUCAUGGCCGAGCCAACUGCUCAGUGCUGGCUGACACUCAGAACUUUGGGGACCCAUGUUUUCCUGGCACCAGGAAGCACCUGAGAGUGUCCUUUACAUGUGUUCCUCGAUAUCUCUUGGAGGAUGUGCGACGGAGUGGCUCAACAUCAGACCCUUUCUUGAUCUCAGACUACACACAUGGAGGCUGGUACACUGGCCCCGGCGUCAUCAGGCCUCAAAACGUGCUUUAUACCAACUCUCUGGAAAUUUUUGACAAAAUACUGGGUCUUCCAGAGAGAGUGGCCCUCUACUUUGUCUCAGGGAUCUGCGCUGGUCUAGUCUUCCUGCUCUGUCUGUUCGGCCUGCGCUCCACCUUGGUGAGGGACGUCAAGGACUUGGCAACAGAGCUGGGGGUGAGCUCAAGGCCAGCCGCAGACCCCGCCGGGAAGUCAUGGAGGACCAGUAUGACGACGACACCUCUGAUGCCUCCUCCUUCCGCCGCCUCACCCAGUCCUACCGUGCGGCGGAUAUCUUUAGUCCAGCGACCAUGACGGUGGAGAUGGUGGAGAGGGAGGGAGAGGAGAAGGAGAUGCCCAAGUUCGGAGACAUCUGGCCCCACAGGGACUCCAGCCCAUACGCCAUCCAUAAGAUAAUAGGGAAUAGAAUAGAAUAUCCAUAAAAUAAAAGCCUGCAGUGCCCGAGACUCC